AGUACAUUAUACGCGGUGUCAAAAUUGUCGACUUCAGUUGAUAGCACGGUAAUAAGUGGUGAAAAAUCGAUAAUUUCUCUCGUUCUUUAAAAAAAUUUGACAUGAGGUGGCAAUUUUCGCUCUGUUUGUCGAUCGUUUGUUUCGGAUUUAUUCGAGCUAAAUCCAUUCCAGACUUUCGCGAAGACCAAUGGAAAAAAUUCAAGGUUGAUUUCCACAAAAAUCACGGAUCUGAGGCCGAAGCUGACGUUCAACAAAUUGAUCAACAUAAUGAACGAUCAUACAUGAAGAAAGUAGAGCAAUACACAGAUAUGGAUGAUGAUGAAGUGCCAAACAGUUCAUAUUCACCAAUGAAUGAUGAGCUCAUGAAUUUAGGUUUGCCAAAAAAAUUGAACUGGACAGAAAAUAACACGGUGACCAGAGUGAAAGAUCAGGGAAAUAAUUGCUCUGAUGGCGAUUGGGCAUUUGCAGCUAUCGGAGCUCUAGAAGGACUACUGGCUAGAAAAUACCAUAAUCUUACAGAGCUUAGCGAACAAGAGCUCAUUGAUUGCACUGAAAAUUACGGAAAUUACGGCUGUAACAGCGGUAGCACAGUGGAACACGCAUUCAAUUACAUAAAACAAAACGGCAUUUCUACGGAACAUGCGUAUCCAUACACCGGAAUGGAUAUGAAUACGACCGCCUGUCACGAAAAAUUGAAGGGGAAAAUACCAACUCCCUUGGACAUAAACCUUGACGCGAUUUCACAACAAAAUGUUUCAAUGGUCGAUCACUGA